GUUCUGUUGUGCAAGUUCAAGGCACUCUCUCUCCCCAAUGGCCUCACAAAAUCUUCUCCCUUUCCUCUUCUGUCUUCUCCUCCUGCAGCUUCAUCCUUUGGCAGCCCAAGAUGCCGUUAAGGCCGCCUACUGGUUCCCAGACAGUGGAUUAGCUGCGUCUGAGAUUGAUGUUUCUCUCUUCACACAUCUCUUCUGUGCUUUCGCUGAUCUAGACCCUCAGACCUACCAGGUCACCAUCUCCGCCGCUAACCAAGCUCCCUUCUCCACCUUCACAAGCACACUGCAACAAAACAACCCAUCUGUCAAAACCCUUCUCUCCAUCGGUGGAGGAAACUCCAAUGCCUCCUACUUUGCUUCCAUGGCGAGUCAACCCUCUUCCCGGAAGUCAUUCAUCGAUUCCUCCAUAGAAAUUGCUCGAUCCUAUGGCUUCCAUGGGCUCGACCUUGACUGGGAAUCUCCCAGAAACGACACUGAGAUGGUUAACAUGGGUCUGCUUUUAGACGAGUGGAGAGCUGCUGUGGACACCGAGGCAAGUAACUCUGGCCAGUCGCCAUUGCUCUUAACUGCAGCCGUUUAUUACUCCUCGGUUCUUGAUUCAGUAACUUUUCCGGUUGAUUCAAUUGGGAGAAAUCUGGACUGGAUCAACGUCAUGGCUUAUGACUAUUACAUGCCAUCUUGGUAUAAUUUUACUGGUGCUCAUGCUCUUCUUUACGAUCUGCCUGAUCGAGUCAGCACGAGUUCCGGCAUCGAAGCCUGGAUUGGGGCCGAGUUGUCUCCUCAGAAAAUAGUUCUGGGUUUGCCUUUCUAUGGCUACGCAUGGACGCUGGCUGACCCUGCAGACAACGGUGUGGGUGCACCGGCUACCGGCGCCGCUGUUACGAAAUCCGGUGCGAUGACUUACAAAGAAAUUAAGGCUUUCAUUGAGACAAAUGGAGCAACAACAGUAUACAAUUCGACCAUUGCGGCCAAUUACUGUUACUCUGGAUCGAUUUGGAUCGGUUAUGAUGAUGUAGAGGCAAUUGCAGACAAGAUUUCAUAUGCUACGGAGACAGGAUUGCUCGGAUAUUUCGCGUGGCACGUCGCCGGUGACGACAACUGGGUACUUUCAGAAGAAGCUUCAUCAACUUGGGGAUAAAAUGCGUUGCUCUCAUUGCAGAAGCCACCACUACAGAUUAAUUGAAACAUGAAUUCUAGUAUUCUACGCAAUAAAUGAAAAUUUCUAUGUUGACUAUCAGAAGAAAUUAAUGAAUAAAGUAUGAAACGAAUAUCCAAUCGCA